AUGGCGUUGGCUAUAGUUAAGUUCGCUACUAGUACUGUGUUUUUAAUCGUCCUCUUUGCCAAUACAUAUAUCUGUUUAUGCAGGUGUCCUCCGCAGGAAUACGAAGCUCUUCUAUCCUUCAACAUCACCUUAACUUUCCCCGCGGGCUAUGGCUAUGAAUGGGCGAAUGGAACAGACUGCUGCAAGUGGUAUCGCAUAGAAUGCGACGAGCACAAGAACCAUGUAGUGGAGAUAAGGUGGAUGCCAGAUCGAAACGGCUAUGGUGCAGAAGGAGGAAUCAUGUCUGACAACCUCUGCAAAUUUCCUUCUCUUACAGGAAUAGUGAUAUCGGACGUGGGAUUGAUAGGUAAUCUUCCUUCAUGCUUGGGAAAUCUCCAUUUUCUUGAGGAUAUAAUUAUAGAGUACAAUGGGUUGGGUGGGGGCUGUCCUCCCUUACUGACCUCCAUGCCCGUGGAAAUAGAUUUAAUGAGUGCCCCUUCUUGGGGCUUACCAUCCUCUAUUAAACUCCUCUCUUUCUCAUUAAACCAUGAGCUCACAAUUUCAGAGAUUUUUUUCCGUAACCUUACCAAUUUAUGGCGUUUAUCUCUAUCCAAUAGCACACUAAAUAUUAGUACAUCGUGGAUUCCCAACUUCCAGCUCUCUGAGUUAGAACUUGUGUCAUGUCAGAUGGACGGUCAAAUUCCACCAUGGAUUUCAACUCAGUUCUCGUUGUAUUCCUUGAAAUUAGCUGACAACGGUCUUGUUGGAGAAAUUCCCUCUUGGCUAUGGGCCAUGGCUGCUUCCUUUGAUGAACUAAAUAUAUCACAGAACCAUUUGCAUGGGUCCCUUUUUCCAAAUGGUCCGAAUUCUGGGAUAGGAAUCUUGGAUGUGUCUAGCAAUGCAUUAAGUGAAAAUAUACCUUCCGAGUGGCCAGCUCUAACAAAACUAAUUUGUUUAAUGAUAAUUUGA